AAGUUUAUUCCUUAACUAGCUUUAGGUGCUGGAGUAUUCUAUGUCUCUAGAUGAAGAGGGUGUUUGCAGGACUGCUUUUGAGCUGAUUUUUGCUUUUGACGAGGUUAUCUCUCUUGGACACAAGGAAAAUGUAACUGUAGCUCAGGUUAAACAGUACUGUGAAAUGGAGAGUCACGAAGAGAAGCUGCACAAACUUGUAAUGCAGAGCACGAUUAAUGAGACGAAAGAUGUCAUGAAACGUAAAGCUAGUGAUAUUGACAAAAGCAAGAUUGAAAAGAAUAGGGUUGAUAAGGGAGGGUUUAUGUCAAUGGGCUCAGGAAGAAUAGAGAGCAGCUUUAGUGAGAUGAGCAUUUCAAAUACUAGAAGCGGUUUUGGGAGUGGUUCUGGUUUUGGAUUGAACACUGAGAUCGAUCCAUUUUCUAUCAAGUCUAAAGAUCACUUAAAUUGAUGAAGGGUGCUCCAAUUCGCACAAGGAAGAUAGCUAGGGACAUGCUGCUUUUCUGGAAGAGAGUGGAUAAGGAGAUGGCAGAAUUGAGGAAAAAGGAGGAAAGAGAAGCUGCUGAAGCCCUAAGGCAUGAGCAGGAGCUUCGAGAAGCAAAGAGGCAACAACAAAGGCUGAAUUUUCUUAUUCAACAAACUGAGCUUUACAGCCACUUCAUGCAGAACAAGUCGAGCACUCAGCCAUCUGAAACUACACUUAUGGGGGAUGAGGAAAGCAAUGAACAAGAAGAGCAUAUUAUCUCUGUUGAUGCUGGGAAGGUUGAGGAAGAUGAUCCUGAAGAGGCUGAACUAAAGAAAGAGGCCUUGAAAGCUGCGCAAGAUGCAGUUUCUAAGCAGAAAAAACUGACAAGUGCAUUUGAUAAUGAAUGUAUGAAGCUGCGGCAAACUAGUGAACCUGAGGCUCCACAGGAGGUUGCAGGAGCUAGUAACAUAGAUCUACUCCAUCCUUCCACCAUGCCAGUGACAUCAACUGUUCAAACACCACUGUUGUUUAGAGGCACCCUUAAAGAAUAUCAGCUGAAAGGUCUUCAAUGGCUGGUCAAUUGUUAUGAGCAGGGUUUGAAUGGCAUUCUUGCUGAUGAGAUGGGCCUUGGAAAGACCAUUCAGGCUAUGGAAUUUUUGGCUCAUCUAGCUGAAGUAAUUACUCAGCUUGGUGUCUGGCUUUUCUUUGGUGUAACUUGGGAUUCUAACUUUAAUUUUUUAAAUUUAUAUUUUUAAUUCAGGAUAAAAAUA